AGAGAUGGAGUAGGAUACCAGCAAGCGCCACCACCUCUCCCACCACCAUCCAGAAUUAUACACAUGAUAACAGGCGGACCCGAAGCAGGUGGCACAAGCGCCAAACAGCAAAAGCUGUACGUAAGGGAGGUCAGACACCAUAAUGCAGCCCAGAAAAGGAAGAUCGACGAGGAGGAUUGGAAAAACCAAUCUGUGACAUUCACUUCGGCCAACCUCGAGGGGGUCGUCACACCCCAUAACGACCCAUUAGUCACCUCGGUCAUCAUUAACAACUGCGAGGUCCAGCGAGCGCUCAUUGACACCGGCAGUGCUCCAGACAUAAUGUAUUAUCACUGCUUUGAGAGCCUCGGACUCGACCCCGCCCUCCUGCAAAAGUAUGAUGGGCCCAUCUACGGCUUCAAUAACCAGCCAGUACCCGUGGAAGGAGUGCUGCGACUCAACGUGACGUUCGGCUCCAGACGAACGUAUGUAACACCCUCAGUCAGAUUCCUGGUAGUGAAGAUGCCUUCAUCUUUUAAUCUCGUCAUCGGGAGGCCGACUUUGACUGAGAUUCGAGCUAUAGUGUCCCAGUCCCACCUCUGCAUGAAAUUCCCCAUGCCAAUGGGGGUAGCAACCUUGCGAGGCAAUCAAGAGGCGGCCAGGCACUGCUACAUGACCUCCGUCGCGAGGUCACGAAGAAAUAAGGAGCUGCCAGAUAACAGACCAGAGGAUAACCCAAGAGCCACCUCGGUCGAGGAGGUCGAGGAGGUCGAAGAGGUGCAACUUGAUGAUAAUGACCCAUCCAAGAAGACUCAGAUCGGCACGAAGCUGACUCCCAUAGAAAAAGAAGAACUUGUGGGCUUCCUAAAAGCAAACAAGGAUGUGUUUGCAUGGACUUCGGCUGACAUGCCUGGAAUCCCAACUUCGGAAGAAGUUAAGAACCUCUUGCAAGCAGGGUUUAUCAGGAGAGUAGAUUACUGCGAAUGGAUUGCCAACCCUGUCAUGGUAAAAAAGUCAAACGAGAAGUGGCGCAUGUGCAUCGAUUAUACCAACCUCAACGACGCCUGCCCUAAAGACUGUCAUCCUAUGCCGAGCAUAAACAAGCUGGUAGAGGCCGCCUCAGGGAAUGAGAGGUUAAGCCUCUUGGAUGCUUACUCGGGGUAUCAUCAAGUCCGCAUGGCACCCGAGGACGAGGUGAAAACCUCAUUUUAUGCCGGAGAUGAAAUAUACUGCUAUGUGAUGAUGCUGUUUGGGCUCAAGAAUGCAGGGGCAACAUACCAGAAAAUGGUCACAAUCGUGUUUCGGGCUCAAAUUGGCAGGAACCUAGAGCUGGUAGUUAACCAAAUCAAUUCUAUGUGCGAAGUCAUUGAUCCCAUCCUGGCGAAAUAUGUGGUCGCAGUCUCCGAGCUGAAAAACCGUUUCGAGAAAUUCCAGCUUACCAAAAUUCCGAGAGCAGAAAAUGAGCAUGCAGAUUCCUUGUCGAAAUUGGCAUCUGAGAACUUUGGGGAAGCAAAGUCUGUGUACAUCGAGAUACUGAAUGAACCCAGCUUUCAGACGUCGGGGGUAAUGGAGAUUAGCACUGACCUAGAUGCUCCGAGUUGGACAGACCCCAUCCGGGAGUACCUCCUCAAUGGCACCAUCCCGGAGGACAAACAGGAAGAGAUGAAGUUACGAAGAAAAGCCUCUCGGUACACCCUGGUUGGCGACAUUCUGUACAAGAGGUCCUACUCGUUACCACUCCUCAGAUGCCUGACACCAUAUGAAGCAGAGUAUGCACUAAGAGAAGUACACGAGGGGGUAUGCGGUAAUCACGUGGGAGCCAGAACUCUGGCACAUAAGGUACUCCGGCAAGGGUACUAUUGGCCCAACAUGCAAGAAGACGCAAAGAAGUUCGUGCAGAGGUGCCAGAAAUGCCAGUUCUUCGCCCAUCUCACCCAUCAGCCAGCAGAAGAACUCACCAGCCUGACUGCACCAUGGCCCUUUGCUCAAUGGGGAAUAGACCUUUUGGGCCCCUUCGUCAAAGCAGUAGGGGGAGCAACGCAUUUAGUGGUCGCUAUUGAUUACUUCACCAAAUGGGUAGAAGCCAAACCUCUCUCUUGUCUGACUUCGAGAAGAAUUGAGGAUUUCCUCUUCAGCUCGGUCAUCUGCAGAUAUGGGAUACCAAACCAGAUCAUCGUUGAUAACGGCCCCCAGUUCAAUUGUACCUCCUUCAAGGACUUCUGCUCCAGCUACGGGAUUAAGUUGGUGUUCACCUCCGUCUAUCAUCCCGAGGCCAACGGAAUGGUUGAAUCAGUCAACAAAGCUAUCUUGGAAGGAAUCAAGCCGAGGUUAGAUCAGUUGAAAACAAAGUGGGUAGAUGAACUCAACAACGUCCUGUGGGCUUACCGGACAACAAGCCGAACUGCCACAGGCGAAACGCCCUACCACUUAGCCUUCGGCACCGAGGCAGUCAUUCCUGUCGAAAUUGGUGUCCCAAGCCUAAGAAUCAGCCACUUUGAACCAGCUCAAAACGAGCGCCUACUAAGGGAAAACCUUGAUCUCCUAGACGAAGUUCGAGAGCAAUCCCGACUUCGGACUCUCACAUACAAACAAAGAAUAGCCAACCUUUACAAUAAGCGAGUUCGACCUCGAAACUUUAGAGUCGGUGACCUCGUCCUCAGAAAAGCUGGGCUCACAGGGUUCGAGACCCGAUAUGGCAAAUUAGCACCAAACUGGGAAGGCCCUUACAUUGUAACCGAGGUCCCGCACCCCAGGGCAUACAUUCUCCAGGAUGUCGAGGGCAACAGGGUGCCUAGAGUUUAGAACGUCAACAACCUUAAAAAAUUCCAUCCUUGAAAGUCCCUUUCUUUAUUCUAAGUUAGGAGUCUUUUUGUAAAUAACAUUCCAAUACAAUU